AUGCCGAUCAACCUUUUACAUUGUAUACAACACCAGGCUUCCCUGACUAUCGUCCAAGCCCCCUUCGUCUACACCAUACACUCCGAGACUCCAUCCUUCCCCAUCAAGAUCAUGGCCUCACAACAGCAAUCACUAACAACCUCGUUCCCGGCCAACGUGGACGACGUGGUUUCGGACCCUGAGUCUCUCAUCCGUCUCCUGCGCGCCUACGACCCUGCCUUUGAUGGCGCACAGGCGGUGAGAGCUGCCUACGAGGACGCUCUUGUUCGGCACCACAAUGACAUGAUGGACCAUGAUCUGGAUGACACCGAUGACCAUGACCACAGUCAAGCCACCUUCAGUCGCGGCCUCACGGGGAACGCCCUCGUCGACUGGGUUACCACCCAUAUCAGCUCAGACACUUUGCUCUCUGUCGACGAGAUGGACCAGUACGCCGCCCUCGAACGGGCCGGGCUCCUGCCACACUUGGAAGCCACCCUUGCCCAGUCUGGUCUGAAACCCAGCGAUCCGUCCAAAAUCCCUCCCCUCAGCGAUCACCAGAUCAGAGCGGCCACCCAGGAACUCAUGCGAUCAACUAGUCUCAUCACCCGCCAGACCGAGGCCCUGCGCGAGCAACAGGACCACCUCGACCGGCUCGUUGCCGAGCACAAGAGGGAUACCCAAGCCAGGGCCGCCUUGGAGGUUCAGCAGCUCAAGGGGCUGGAGGAGCGACAGAGGGACUUGGUCCAGUCGGUGGUGGAACUAGCCCUGUUCCUGGGCGACAAGGUUGAUGAACUGGAGGCCCAGAAUGAAGAACGGAAAGCCGACGUCGAAACGCUGGUCGAUGGCAUGUUUCACUCGGAUGACCAUGUCUUGUCAAGUCUCCAGAAAUUAGGGGACCAGUUGAGUAGGUCUUGUUCUGGCGAGGACGCCAGCAAGGCGGAGGAAGACAUGGUCAAGAGUUUGCGUGACAUUUGCGCCAGAAUGAUCAAGUUCCACGUGGAAGGGAUCAGAACGAGGUUGGAUAGAAUCUACCUCGAGACCCUUCAUGCCGCGGUAGAGUCGGGGGCUGGGGAUCAUGGUAGCACCGUCACGGUGGAGGAUGUCGCUGCUGUCCAGCGAGAGUUGGAGGAACUCUACACCGAGAUCCUUCCAGUCGGUCAGAUGUCAAUCGAGCACCAGUUCUUGCGACCUGCUCUUGAUGAUCUAGCAGCCAAGAACGGUCGCAGACUUGAGCAGUCGACACAAGCAGCGCAUUACGUGGGUUAUCCGUACUUACCUCUUGUCAAGCCAAGCUAA